AUGGGCUGUGUCCAUGCAAGCGGCCAUGGUGAGCAUGUGUGCAAGCAUGAUGAACAUGCCGCAGAAAGAACUCCUGAACCACCGCCACAAGCGCUCCCCACCUCGGCUCCUAGUACACCCUUGGCGGACACUAGCACACUCGACGACUUCUUCCGCUAUGCUCAUGUACGGAUCGACCAAGUGGAAGAAGCCCUCAACAAGCUUGGAAUUACCCACUGGUCGAUGUUCAAAUGCUAUGAAGUCAAGGAACUCGCCAAUAGUGAAUUUCCAGAUGCCCCUGCCCCCUCCUUCUUCCUCUGCGGCGUCUUUCUGCAAUCUCUGAUCCUGUGCAACCAUGCGACCUCUUUCUGA